GCAAACCUUCCCCGGCCUCUGGAGGGACCACCGUUGCUGUAGUCUUGGCUUCCACGAUCUGCGUUCGAGCUAAACGGCCAUAGCGGCCACCACUGAAGCUUCCCUUGUGCUCGGUUUUGACUGUACUCAUUCCUGGGUGGCCGCCGCCGUUCUAGCUGCGGCCGCGGCCGACAUGUUGUGAGGCGGCGGCGCGGGUGUCUGCAGGAUGGUUUGGCCGAGGCGGCGGCAACGGCUGCUGGCGGCGGCGGCGGCAGCGGCAGCAGCAGCAACAGCAGCGGGGACUCGGGCUCUGUAGACCCGAGCCCGGUGGGUGUCUGCCCGGUACCGCGGCGAAGCCAGUUCCUCUGGAUCCUGCCUCUGCGCCAGCACUGUUGGGGAAAGCGUGGGCAAUAGCACCCACACUUCUGAGGUGGUUCCCCAGCCACUCAAAAUUUCCGGACCAUCCUUCGCUUCCCCUCCCUAAGUCGGACGGUGCUGUCCCUAGAAUCCUCAGUCCCCCGACUUUACUCUAACUCGCCCUAAAUCUCUCAGUCGGGUGUUCCUCGCCCUCUGGAGUCCGCUCCUCCCCCUUUUUCCAUUUUCUGCACCCUCUUCUAAGAGCGCCCCUCGGAUCACUCAGAGGGCGGCCUUUUGAGAAGUCUCCGUGGAGUUCUGGACUAAAGCCUGGGAGUUUUUAAAAGUCGGGGAUAGAAAGGAAGGUACGAUGGCUUCUUCUUCUGGCAACGAUGAUGAUCUCACUAUCCCAAGAGCUGCUAUCAAUAAGAUGAUCAAAGAGACUCUCCCCAAUGUCCGGGUGGCCAACGAUGCCCGGGAGCUGGUGGUGAACUGCUGCACCGAAUUCAUUCACCUUAUAUCUUCUGAAGCCAAUGAAAUUUGCAACAAAUCGGAAAAGAAGACCAUCUCACCAGAGCACGUCAUACAAGCACUAGAAAGUUUGGGAUUUGGCUCUUACAUCAGUGAAGUAAAAGAAGUCCUACAAGAAUGCAAGACAGUAGCAUUAAAAAGAAGAAAGGCCAGUUCUCGUUUGGAAAACCUUGGCAUUCCGGAAGAAGAGUUAUUAAGACAGCAACAGGAAUUAUUUGCAAAAGCAAGACAGCAACAAGCAGAAUUGGCCCAACAGGAAUGGCUUCAAAUGCAGCAAGCUGCUCAACAAGCCCAACUUGCUGCUGCCUCAGCCAGUGCAUCUAAUCAGGCAGGAUCUUCUCAAGAUGAAGAAGAUGAUGAUGAUAUCUGAAAUUCACCAGCUGAGUUUGUGUUUCCUCUAUAAAUGUUUUUUCUUGCACAACAAAACAGUAAUUACAGCUUAUCUGUAAUUUUGUAUACAUCUUGGUGGACUUGCCAAUUGGUAUUCUAGGGAUGUCUGCUGUUAAGUUUCAUCUAUUGUGUGCUAUACAUGUAAAAAUUAUAUCUUUGAACUAUUGAAAAUUUAAGGUUCAGAAUAUCAAUUUUGAAUUUUUAAUGGCGUUUAUGAAAUUUUAGAUAGCAGUGAGCCCUUUAUUUGAUCAAUAAACAGUGUUACAGAAAACUUCAAGUUUAUAAAAAUACAGUGGAAUUUAUACAGAAGCUCUUAAUCUGCAUUUGCAUUUCCUCUGCCCUUUUAACCAAAUUAAAAUUGGGAAUUUUAAAUUGAGGUGGGAUGCAGUGUGAUGCAGAAUAAAUUGAAUCAGUUUGAUGAAAAAAAGAGUUCAGUUAUGUAGUAUCUGAAUUUUUUGUCUUUUAAAAUGAGUAUAUACACAGGCAAUAAACAUGCUCAGAUAAAUAUACUUAUUUAGAGAAACUUCAUAAAAAGACAUUUAAAAACUAGGAAGGCGUGUGUUCAGUAGUCGUUGUAUGAAUUUGACGAGUUAUGUUUUUUAUUUUUUGUUUUGUGUAGAGGUAAAAACUAGUUUUAUUAUAGCAUAAUUUAUCUUGAGCUACACUAUUACAUUUCAAAGACUGCCCAAUUUUGAAGACUGUCAUAAUUCUUACUAUUUCACUCCAGUUAAAAUACUUGUUAUAGUAUUACUUGCUUAGUCCAUCCAUGUUUAUAUUGUUCAAGUAUAUAGGUGGGACUUGUGAAACAAUUGCUUCCGUUGGUUUAACUGAGGUUCAUGAAUCUUCAGACCUUUGCUAGGGAAAAGAAAUGAAAGCUGAUGGGCAUGCUUGCUAUGAAAGAGGGCUUUUUAAAAAAUUUAACUUGUAGUUGUAGUUUACUUACUGUUUGUUUUUAGCAUUACAUUUACAUUUUCUUGACUAGAUGGCCUAGAGAAUCCCAUCACUACCUUUUGAAAUGACAUCAUUGUCUCCAUCAAAAUUGAAUGAUAGCUUAAAAAAAAAAAGUUUGAUUUUGUUUGAGAGAGUGUCAUAUCUGAUCAGCCCUAUACAAAAAGAGUAGUUUCAAUCUGCUCAUUAAAGGGGAGAAACUUUAAUUUGGUUCCAAUAAAUAAUACGGUAGUGAUUAUUAUAGGAAACCAGCAUAUUGAAGAAAAAUGACACAUUGUAUUUUGGAAACAAAGGAAAAGCUAUUUAAAAUAAUAUGAAGUAAUUAAAUUCCUAUGUCAGUUGCCAAAUCAUUUAAAUUUCUAUAUUCCCCUAGCCCAAAAAUAGAUUCUAGCUGCCAGGAUUCCAAUUUUAAUUGGAGAGCUAAAUAAGUAAAAUUUAUAAGUAUUAGAUUUCUUAAUCAUAUUUUGCAUUUUUAAAAAAAGGGAAAUAUAUACUUAUCAAAAACAUUUCCCCCAUGUAAGGAAAAGGUUAAUAAUUUUGCUGAAUGUUUCAAGUUGAGGUUACUUGGAGUUACUUCCUGGAUGUCAUAUCCUUGAAGUAUGUUUGAAUGAGAUGGAAUUGUUUUUUUAAAAAGUUUGAGUACCAAAGGUAGUCUAGUCUAGAGAAAUAAGAAGUUAAUAAGUGUUGGCUUUUCCAAUUUGUACUGUAACAUCCUUAGACCUUUUUUUUUUUUUUUUUUUUUUUUUUUUUUUGGAGUGUAUCCAUUUCUCAAGUAAACAACUUAGAUAUUUUUCCAUACCUUUUUCUUUCUGAUGCAGAGUUCAGGUUAAUUAAUAUUUUACUGCAUCUGAUAAUGUAUUAUAUGUUUGAAGCCUAGUGACUUUUCAUUUUGACAUUCUUGUGAUUUCAUAUGCUGUAUUCUUCAAGCAAUAAAAUUCUGAUGUGUUUUAUAAAUUGUUUUUAUAUUUAAUGAUCUAUAGGGAGAUAUCUAUCACUAUUUUUACUAGUUUCAGGAAUGUUAGACCCAAAAGACAUUUUGGUCAUUUGCUAUAUUUCUCGUUUGUUUACUGUUAUUUCAGAAAAUGUGAUUUUACUUGUGUUUUUGUAAUUUACAACAAGGCAUAACAAAACUAAUUAAGCAGUAUUUUAUUUUUAGCAUUUUAAAAGUCACUGUUAUAUGUUGCCAGUCAUUAAAACUUUUUAGUCUUUUGGAGACAAAAACAAAAUCUUAAGAGUUUUUGAGAAAUAAAGUUGUCAUUUAGUAAAA